AUGGAUUGUUUUGGUCCCUUCAUCACCAAGCAAGGUCGAAAGGAGUUCAAGAGGUACGGGCUGUUGUUCACUUGCUUAAGUUCCAGGGCAGUUCAUGUUGAGAUGAUAGAUGAUCUCUCCAGUGACGCAUUUAUCAACGGGCUGCGAUGCUUCAUUGCCGUCCGAGGAAAAGUUCGCCAAAUCAGGUCGGACCAAGGCAACAACUUUGUUGGCGCCAAGAAUGAACUCAUUCUGAAGGAGCUAAAUGUUGAAAGAAUUACAUCCUACUUGGCAGAGCAGGACUGCUGCUUUCUAAUGAAUGUUCCCUGUGCCAGCCACGUUGGAGGAGUGUGGGAACGUCAGAUAAGGACCAUAAGAAGUGUCCUUAGUGGAGUAGUUGCGCUUUGUCCUGGGAGGCUGGAUGAUUCAUCGCUCCGCACUCUGUUCUAUGAAGCCAUGGCCAUUGUAAACAGCCGUCCCCUAUCAGUCGAGACAAUCAAUGAUCCAAUGAGUUUGGAACCCCUGACGCCAAACCACAUCCUCACCAUGAAGUCUAGCGUGCCACUGCCACCUCCAGGUAAAUUUGUACCGCAGGAUAUGUACCUCAGGAAGAGAUGGAGAAGAGUACAAUACCUCACGGAGCAGUUUUGGAGUAGAUGGCGCAAAGAGUAUCUCCAGAACCUUAAUCGGAGGCAGUGUUGGACCAAACCUAGAAGAAACAUCAAGGUUGGAGACAUCGUCCUCUUAUUGGAACCAGACGUGGCUCGGAACAAGUGGCCUUUGGGUGUCGUAGUUAAGACUACCGCUGCCAAGGAUGGCCUAGUGAGGAAAGUCCAGAUCCAAGUUGGAACAAAGAAGCUGAGUCAGCAAGGCAAGCGCGAAAACAAGCUAGCCUUUCUGGAGCGCCCAGUGCAGAAGCUGGUACUCCUCUUAGAGAGCACCUGA